AUGAAGCCCGAGUUUCUCUCCUCCGAGAUGCUCUCUGAUUGUCCCGGCCCUCUGAACUACCUUCUUUCUCUGCCCCAACAUAGCACCUUGCUUCCUUCUCAGAUACUACCCCCCGUCCAUGUGCCACAUGGAUUUUUGCUGCUGCGCUGUAGACCCGAGUAUCAAUUUUACUUGAAAAUGCUGCAAAAACAAAAAGAGGUUGCCGUGGGUGGGAUGACAAAGCCUGGGAGCCAGAGAGUUGCUGCAAAGACUUCCACUGGAGAACUCGUUAAUGAGAAGCAGCUAAGUGCAGAGUCAAAUGCUGGCGGCCAUCCUUUCUGCUCCAUCUUCUCUGAAGCAGAAAGCGAGCUGCUGGCCGCGGGCUCUUUCAAGAUCUCUUCACUCUUCAGUCUCUGCCAUCCGCCAAACAUUCUGUCUGUGGACGUGUCCCAUCAUCAGGCGCAGAGAACAGUCAAUGCUCCGUGCGGAGCCGAGCGCUCCAUCAGCCUCUCCGGCAAAUGUCGGGAGUCCGGGCUGGAUGCGAAGUGGGGAGAGCGGGAGGCAGAUUUACACGCCUAUCACUGCGGGCACGCGGCGGAGUCAGCCUGUCUUGUGCUCACAGGCAGAACUCUUCCUGCUCGGUAG